AUGACCGCCCAGGAGGCGCCGCGCACUCGUUCGAUAUCAAGGGCUUCAGCUUCGAUUCAGGGCCAUCCUGUUUUCCGGGUUCCAGUCCAGAGCCCCCCAGUCCUUGAUGCGUUAGGCCAAUCAGUCCCUUGCGUGUCUUAUGACUCUUGGAUGGUUUAUGUACCUGAAGGACAAUUCCUCUCACGGAUAGGACCAACUAAAUUCCUCAAGGACCUUGAGAUGUUUGUUGGUGUUGACGCUGUCCAGGAGUGGAAAAAACUUCUUGUUGCAGUUAUUCCUAUGUCUGCAGCUGCAAUGGCUUUGCCUCCACUUUCUAUUCGAGGCGAUCUAGGCAUUCUAUCUACAGCUGCUGGUAGAUAUGCUCCUUCGUUGUUGAAAUCAUUCAUACAAAUGGGACCCCAAGGAGCUCUGGGCGCUACAAAACUGCUACGUCCAUUCAAAGAAAUUGUUGAUUCGCUGGGGCUGAAAAAUCCCUUUGUUCGUAACUGGAUCGAUCUCCUGUGCUUUCUACUUGCUGGAGUUAAAUCUGAUGGUACUCUUUCUGCAGAAAUGGUUUAUAUGUUUGCAGAAUGGUACAAACCAGGAUGCUUGCUUGAGUACCCUCUAGGUGGAACUGGAGCAAUCAUAGAUGCCCUCAUCUUAAUCGAGAAUGGUCGAGCAGUUGGUGUCAAGCUACAAAGUGGACAAGUCGUCCGUGCAAAGAAAGCGGUUGUUAGCAAUGCAUCUAUGUGGGAUACUUUGGAUCUGCUACCACCAAAUGUUGUCCCAAAAUCAUAUGAAGAUAGAGUGAAAGCAACUCCACAAUGUGAAUCGUUUAUGCAUCUCCACCUUGGUUUUGAUGCAGAGAAUGCUAGAGAGGACCUUGGGAUCCAUCAUAUUGUGGUUGAUGAUUGGAACAAAGGAGUUGAUGGUGAACAAAAUGUUGUGUUGAUAUCCGUUCCUAGUGUUCUUAGUAAGGACCUGGCACCACCUGGAAAGCACAUUCUUCAUGCAUAUACUCCAGGGACAGAACCUUUCAGUUUGUGGGAGGGAUUGGACAGGAAAAGUGCAGAAUAUCGAAGAUUGAAGGAAGAACGUUCUGAGGUGAUGUGGAAAGCUGUGGAGCUUGCUCUUGGCCCAAAAUUUAGCCGCGCAAAAUGCGACGUGAAAUUGGUCGGGACACCACUAACGCACAAGAGAUUUCUCCGAAGGAAUAGGGGAACCUAUGGUCCAGCCAUAAAAGCUGGAGAAGCCACUUUCCCUGGGCAAGCAACACCAAUCCCCCAGCUCUUCUGCUGCGGUGACUCGACUUUUCCAGGGAUCGGACUAAUCGGAGUGCCGGCGGUCGCGGCAAGCGGCGCAAUCGUCGCCAACACACUGGUUCCGGUGUCGCAGCAUUUGGAGCUUCUUGACGCUGUUGGAAUUUGA